UGACGAGAUUCUCGCGAAGCAUUGCGGACAGAGGCGCCAUUUUGGGAAGGAGAUGGGCAAAAGCGGCAAAAAUUAAAAACAAAAAGAAGAAUUUUUCGUCAUUUUUAACGAAUAUAGAAAUGCAGGAGUCUAAAACAACCCUUAAAAGACUGCCAUAGGCGGUGGACAAUUCUCGUGAAUCAGGCGAACUCUACCGUAACCCCUGUCUCCAGAAGAGACGGCGCCAGUCAAGGUUCUUGCGCUCAGAAUCGGUGCUGUCAUCUGUCUUUAACCACUGGCGAGCAAACGUCCUCGUUGUGUGCACGUCCAAGGCCGAGGAAUGCGCUGGUCGCUUGGGAAUCGUCCGAGUAACGAGCCGUCUUUGAACGACGCGGAUUUCCUCUGAAAUGGUCUGUAAAGAAAUGCGAGGGAAAGCGAGAAGCUGACUGCACGACACAACUCGACCUGGAAGCCGUGUUGUUGUGUUUGGACAUUGGUAUUGGACUGCAAUGUAGCAUCAGUUCACGGAAUUACUUGAUCCUCAUUUAUUCCCUUUGGAGAGGUUCCUCUCUCACGCCCGUUAUUUCGGAGAAGCGAAACAUGCGCACUUUCAAAUGAAGGAGAAUUUAUUCGAGCUCUUAAACAUUUUCCUCCUAAUUAUGUAAUCGAUUCUAUUUGUGACUUCGUAGGUUGGAGGACAAUGGUGCAUCGGUAGUCACCCUUGUUUUCGUUCACCGGCUUAUGCAGUGGACUUUCACAUGUGAACCACCCCAGCACCCUCAGCCCCCUUAAAAAAGACACAGUUCAUGCCCAUGCUGGCCUUAAGGCAGUGCAUGAAAGCCCGACCUGUGUUAGGCCUAUAACCAAACAGGAGCUGCCAUCUGAGGAGCCAAGCAAGGGACAAAAUCCACACUGGGAUUGGAAUUGGAAAUUUGCCUGCGGAGGAUGGAAAGUUGAUCCGGGAUUUCUUUGCUCAAUAUUUACAGAAGGACCCCGAUCUGCAAGAUAAACCUGGAGAGCAGAACAGGGGGGAUUAUCUCCGCGCUUCUCCCAUCACAAAAAUCCCAGGGAACGUGCCGGAAGGGGUUGCGGAGGGGGGGGAGGGGAGGGGCUUGACUUGACGCAAUCGAACGAGGCCAUCUGUGCAGUCCUUCAUAGCUGGGACUGGAGAUGAGGUGUUGAUGCCUUGCUCACCUCUCUUGAGACAGAGACCUAAAUGGCGCAGCAUGAUUUUGCUCCAGCCUGGCUCAAUUUUCCCACACCGGCCUCAUCAGCGAAGCCGUCUCUGAGCUGCGAGAAGCCGCCGGAGGCCCCCGUUUGCCCGGACGGCCGCAGCGAUGUGAGUCGCAGACGACACAACUCCUCCGACGGAUUCCAGUCCCUCAAUGGACGCGCUGGAGGAAGUUACUCCAGGAAGGAGAAGAACGGCUGGAGGGGCCGGAACGGCAGCGAGGGCGGGGCCUCGCGGGCGGUGUUCCACGGCGGGGGGGGCCACGGGCGCUCCAGGCCCACGGCCCCCCAGGGGGGCAAGAACAAGGUCCUGCACGAGAGCAACUCCGGGCACAACGGCAGCGGCAAGCACGAGGAGGGCGACCCACGCAAGCAGUUCCAGGCUGAAGACUUUCCGUCUCUGAAUCCGGACGCGGAACGGGAGCUCAAUCAGAACAAAGCGGUAGCAGUGGGAGUAUGGGAGCACCCGCCGAAUCCCAAGUCCAGGACCUCUAAAAUGAUGGUGAUCAAGCGCAUGCCGAAGGAGGAGCCCAGCUCGACGCUGCCCGCCCCGGCCCACACCCAGCCCGCACCCCCCAAGAACGGGACCCCCUCCUUCUACAAGGGCCUGGUCCCCAAACCGGUCGCUGUCCCCGCUAAGGGCAGCCGCUCUUGCUCCUCCUCCCCCGUGGACAAGGCCAGCCAGCCGCGGCUGAUGAUGAGGCUGAGCCGCGCGCGCACAGACAGGAAGAGCCACUUCCUCAAGGCCCUGAAGCAGGACCGGGUGGACGAGGAGGACCUGGACAACCCCUGCAAGGACGACGAAGCCUUCCACGUGCAGAACAGCAACCUGGGCCACGGGGACGAGAACCGAAACCGCUUCGAGCGCCCCGCCCCGCGGGAGAACGGGAACGCCCCGCUCGUGGCCCGGCAACAGAUCCUCCGCUCCUCCACCUUCCCGCAGCCUGAGGUGCUGUCCAGCUCCCUGGAGGCGGAGCACAGGCUGCUGAAGGAGAUGGGCUGGCAGGAGGACAGUGAAAACGACGAGACCUGCGCCCCGCUCACCGAGGACGAGAUGAGGGAGUUCCAGGCCAUAAGCGAACAGCUGCAGAGGAACGGCCUGCGGAGGAACGGCUUCCUGAAGAACGGGCUCCCCUGCGACUUCCUGGGCUCCUGGCGGAACAGCACUUUCAGACCCACCGCCGAGGCAGAGGAGACCGAGACCAGCAGCAGCGACACCUCGGACGACGAGGCCUGAACCAGCGCUUCCGAAUGCCCCCCCCUCGCCCCCCUCCUUCCACUCACCCACACCACCGCCCCCCCAAAACCCCCUCAGCAGCCCUCAGCACCCCUCCGCCCUCCUGUGACCUUUCAGCUGUGGGGGGAAAAAAAAAAAACGGGGACUCCCUGUAUCUUUGCGAGUCGGAGAUCUGGAUCAUGGAAAAAAAAACCCCAGGGCGUCUGAAGGCCUGGGUGAGAACACUUGCUUAAACACGCUUUGUAAAGUGGCCCCUGUAGUUUAAAAAACGACAAAAAAA